GCACACACAAAUUUAACAACAGCUAGAUUUUUUUUUUUUUUUUUUUCAGGAGCCGAUCGGUGCUCUCGAUUUGAAGAGCAACUCUGAGAAUGCUGAGUUUAGGAGCAAAGAAGAAGGACAAUGUGUCCAGAAUGGAGAGAUUCAUUGAAGACUUGCCACAGCUGAGUAACGAGAUGCAGCUGAGCAUCAUGAACAGGGUGAAGACUGGAGAGUUGUCCAUCGACGACGCUCUGGACCUGGCCAGGAAGGACUGGGACCAGUUUACCAAUGCUCAGCGUGGCCUUGAGGAGGAGCAGCUUCCGUCACAGUACAACUUCAGCGUGCACAAGCAUGGACGCUAUAGGUGGAAGAAGCAUGUUUUUCAGAUGGAUUUCCAGACCAAAAUACUGUGCACCAUUGAGAAAGGCAUCGUCAAGCACCAACUUCCCUUCGCCAUCGUCAAGAGUUGCGAUGACGGAGUCGGCUCCAGAUUUUCCAUUUCGUUCAAAGGCCACCAUGAUUAUGAGCUGGAGGCCACUUCAACAGACGACAAGCACAAGAUGAUGCAGCUUGUAAACCAGAUCAUUUACAGGAACAUCUACAGCCAUGCUGAGGGGACCAGCGCAGGGACCCACCAGCAGCCUCAAGCGUCACAAACCCUCCGGGAAGGUGUCCUUAUGCUGCACAGAGGAGGACUGGCAUCAUUCCGAUGGGUCAAAUACACGGUCCAGUUACACCCCGGCCAGUUAACGCUGGCGCCCUUUGGUCGCCGAGCGGCCGCAGACGGCGAGCUGAUGUCCUCGCAGCCCGUGAGCGUCGUGAUCCAUCUGUCGGACGGCGACACCAAAGUACAGAAAGCUCACAGCAUCGAUACCUUCACGCUUGUUACGCGCAAAAAUGAUUACCACUUCAGAGUGCCCCCACCGUGUCAACCACUUCCCGGUGCUGUCCAGUCGGAGCGCGAUGCCUGGGUCCAGGCCAUCCGCAUGUUGUGUUCCGAAUGGAAAAGAAAGUCCAAGACUGAACACAUGCUUGCGGUGAAUGAGAGCCUGCGACAUCUCAGCAUAGCAGAAGACGUAGGGGAGGACUGCAACGGCUUCGAUGUUGAGUCCUCUGGGGAGGAUGUUUAUGAAGACCCAAAUUUGUCUGGUGACAUGAAUCCAAGUCCCCCCCAAGAAGUUCCCAAGCAGACCGACCCUGAUCUGACGCCUUCCUACGUUGGCCCAGCACCCUCCAGCAGAGAGCCUCCUCACCGGCAUCCAGCAGGCUCGCGAGGGGACAAAGUACCUUGUACCAAGGAGAUCCCACCGCCCCCACCUUUACCUCUCAAUCUAAAGAUAAAUCCACGAAAAAUCCGCACCAAAGCUUUCCACUGGGACCUAGUUGGGCCUGAUAAGAUUGUGAAAUCAUUUUGGGGGAGAAGAAGCCAGCAAGAAGUUGAAGUUGACACAGGACGUUUGUACAUGCAGUUUUCUGUUGAGAACGCGGGGUCCUUUGGACCAGUGGAGCCCAGGACUGCACAACACAUCAUGCUCAACCAAAAGAUUGCACACAACUUCAACAUUUUCCUCAAAAGUUUUGCGGUGCAGCCUGCAGAGCUGAAGGACAAACUGUUCAUCGUUAACGAGGAGGACGGCGGCCUGUCUGACGAGCACAUCACCUCUCUGAGGAGGUAUGUUCCCACUCUGGAGGAUGUGGAGAUGUACAAAUCCCACAAAGGACCAGUGAGGGAACUGCACAUUGUGGACCAGUACAUGAUGGAGAUGUGCAACAUUCCAUACCUGAGCACCCAGCUGGACCUGCUCCUGACCCUGAGAGAACUCCCCAUCACCAUAAGAGACCUGCAGCCUCUGAUUGGCCAGAAGAUUGCAAUGUGCACGCAGCUGCAGACCUGCAAGUCAUUCGUUUCCGUGCUGGAGUACCUGCUGGCCGUCGGCAAUUACCUCAACAAGAACGCCGGAAAGGAAAAGGCCAAGGGAUUCCGCCUCUCAUCCUUAGCUAAACUGUCACAGCUUCGUGGAAGAGAGCGGACUUUCACCUUGCUCCAUGCCCUUGCGGAGCAGAUUAUGUUGCAUGAGCCAUUCUUGGCCAACUUUACCAACGACUUGGCGGAGUUUGAAGCGGUCCCAGGAGCUUCUGUCAAGGGCCUAACUGCUGAGGUAGAUGUUCUGAGAAAUGAACUGCAGAAAGUCAUUCAAUAUGGAAAAGCCACCAAGAAGAAAAUUGUUGGGGCACAUCAUGCGCACUUCAGCAAAGACCUGAAGGUGGCAGUAGAGAAAUACAACGCAGAUCUUUUGGACUUGAUGAAGUCUUGUGAGGAGAUGAAAAAGCAAUACUCUGGCAUCUUGGUGAAGUUUGGAGAGGCGGCCGACCAGGACUCUCAGGAGUUCUUUGGCUUCAUCUGUCAGUUCAUCCACGACUUCAAGAGGGCCCAUGCCGAUGUCAUGUAGAGGCCAGUGGACAUUUCAAUUCAUUACUGACACGACGACAAUAUAAACCCUUUGCUUUCUAUUCUCUCUUUUUAGUCAACUAGGUUAGAUUACCUAGAUGCAAAACAAACAGUGGAACCUCAAACAAACAAACAAACAAACAAAAAAACUUCUCAAAGGAAAUAGAAAUAAUCUGUUUCAGGGUCUAAUCAUAAAACCUUGAUGAGCUGUACACACAAUAUUUUAAUUAACAUUACAACAAUACAAAUACGGAGGGGGCUUGAUGCUUGUACCUGGGAGGUAUUUCUCUUCACAGUAAAAUUGAAUGCGUCUCCCUUUUCUCUGGACAUUGUCUUCUUUUUUUUGAUGGAGUGUCAUAUUUGUCUUCGUUUGUCCAUUUAUUUUUGUAGUUAGCAGACCUCUUCAUGGUUUUUGGAUGAUGACGAACAGACGGGUUGUGCAUUUGUGACUCUGGAGUGACGCCAUAGUGACUCAAAUGGUGAAAAAGUCCAUUCCUGUAUUUGGACCUUUGUCCAGAUCCUCACCGAAAUGUAGUGGCUUGUUUCUUGACUGCGAAUUUAAAUAUUUUACUUGUAAUCUUCCCAAUUGUCCGUGUAUCAGUAACUAUGUUAACACGACUGAAAACUAAACUAUAACAGCACAGCUAGUGUUGGCCCAAUACUUUUGCGCGCUGCUAAGGGGAUUUGUUUCAAAGAAGGAAUCAUUUAAUUUUCAUGCAAAUACAAAUGUUUAAAAUUUGGGGCGAGUACACUGUUUGGUGGCCACUUUGCACUUUGGGAAAGUGGGGCAGCGCCCUACCAAAUCCCAUAGAGGGCUUUGUGUUGUCUAUGAAAAACAAAAAAAAAAAGUAUGAAUAAAAUAUUUAUAAAAUAAAAUAUUUUGGGGGGUUAUUUGUACCUUAUGCAUUUGACUUUGUCUUAUUGUUUUCCCCAACCGUCCUGCCCUUUCAACAAUUGUGUACUACGGUUCUGCUCUAUGUUCCCAAUAGACACAAGAUGAGUGGGUGUUCAAAAAAAUAGAGUGAAUCCAACCGA